GAGAACAUGUUAUAUAUACUUGCAAAUCUGAAACCUUAUUUUCAACGAAAAGUUUUGUUUUUUUCUGUUUCAGCUGAGAUUUUCCCAUCAAAUCCUCUGCUUUCUUGAGUACAGUUAAUUAUGGAGACUGUUGAUUCCAACUUCAAUGAGAGAGAGUUCUAUAUUCCUACAUAUAUACUUUCUGAGGAUGAAAGUAGUGAUGAUGUAGAUUUGGCUGAUGUACCUACAUGCCCUGUGUUAGUUUUUAUCAACUCAAGAAGUGGAGGUCAACUUGGUGGGGAUCUCCUUCAUACUUAUCGAUCACUUCUUAACAGAUAUCAGGUAUUUGAUUUGGGAGAAGAAACUCCUGAUAGUGUUUUACGCAGACUAUAUCUGAAUCUAUCAAAGCUCAAGAGCAAUGGUGAUGAAUUUGCCACCUUACUUGAAGAGAGACUCAGAAUAAUUGUUGCAGGUGGAGAUGGCACAGCUGGAUGGCUUCUGGGAGUUGUAGCUGAUCUCAAACUAUCUCAGCCACCACCAAUUGCUACUGUGCCUUUGGGAACUGGAAAUAACCUUCCAUUUGCUUUUGGAUGGGGCAAGAAGAAUCCAGGAACAGACCCUAACUCGGUUAUCUCAUUCUUGAAGCAAGUGAUGGAUGCAAAAGAGAUGAAGAUAGACAGUUGGCACCUUCUAAUGAGGUUCAGAGCACCAAAUGAGGGUUCCUGUGAUCCUAUUGCACCACUAGAAUUGCCUCAUUCUUUGCAUGCAUUUCAUCGGGUGUCUUCAUCUGACGAACUCAAUGUGGAAGGGUGCCACACAUUUCGUGGAGGAUUCUGGAACUAUUUCAGCAUGGGGAUAGAUGCACAAGUAUCAUAUGCAUUUCAUUCAGAAAGAAAGAUGCAUCCAGAAAAAUUCAAAAACCAGCGUGUCAACCAGGGUACAUAUGCAAAGCUUGGAUGGACACAAGGAUCGUUUUUGCCGUCCCGUCUUCAUUCUUCCUCAAGGAACAUAGGUCAACUGGUCAAGGUUAAGAUAAUGAAAAGGCAAGGUGAAUGGCAAGACGUCCACAUCCCUAGCAGUAUUAGGUCAAUUAUUUGCCUAAACUUGCCUAGCUUUUCUGGUGGACUGAAUCCUUGGGGAAAACCAAAUAGCAGAAGACGCCGAGAUAGGGACUUGACUCCACCAUUUGCUGAUGAUCGCCUUAUUGAGGUUGUUGGCUUCAAAGAUGCUUGGCAUGGAAUGGUUCUUCUCGCUCCAAACGGUCAUGGGACACGUAUUGCACAGGCACAUGGAAUCCGAUUCGAGUUUCACAAAGGUGCAGCUGAUCAUACAUUCAUGAGGAUUGAUGGGGAACCAUGGAAGCAACCUCUCCCUGUAGAUGACGACACAGUUGUGGUAGAAAUAUCUCAUCUUCGCCAAGUUAAGAUGCUUGCUACCCAUGGUUGCAUAUCUAAAGGUGUAGAUGACCCUUCAAGUCAUGGAAAUCAUGAUGCUGAUGGCGAAGACGACAGUGAUGAAGAAGAUUCGGUUAGGGAUGAGCAGAGAAAGUUUGGGGCAGCAGAGACAUUCAAGAUUCCUGAUGACAUUGAUAUUUCUCACCUCAGUUAAUUCUGUAAACCAUGUUUGUUCAAAAUUUGCUUCUACAACCUCCAUAUUAAGUUCAUGUGGGGUAUGAUGGCAUUGAUAUUUCAGUACUUGCAUAGAGAACUACUAGGUAUAAGGUUCGAGAGACCCUUGACGACUCUCUUCAGGAACAUGUAAACUUUAUAUAGGCAAGGUUUGAGCCUAACUCGGUUUGGAUUGUUGUUUUCUAAGGUUUUAUAAUGUACCAUUUUGUUUUGUACUGUGGA